UCCACAGAAUGGACGCGGAGGAGCAGCCGACACGGACUAACCCACUUCACUGAGCAGGAUACCGAGCCGCUGCCCCUUCCCCCCCGGACCCUGUCCCCUCACAACACCGAGGACCGGCUGCUGGUUGCUUUUCUCCUAGUGCCCUCGUAUGGACGAUGAGGAGGAUGAUGUCUUUGAGCCGGACCCCCACUGCUGGCGCACCCCCUUCAGGGAUAUAAAGUGUGAAGACCGGGGCACACAGACACCUGGCCCGGCCCUGGCACUGCACAACGGCAUGCUGCCGUGUGGAGUCGCAGAGGAGCCCAGACCACUCUUCUACGGCAACGCAGGUUUUCGGUUGCACUUCCCGGCACACUUUGAGCUUUGUGGGGAUCAGCAAGCGAGGCGGCAAGAAAGCCAAGAGGAGCGACACGGGAUGGAGCAGCUUCCCCGGCAGCAGCCUGCGGCGCACAGUGUGGAGGCCUGCAUAGGCCAGAAACUCCAGCUGAUAGGAGACCAGUUUCACCGGGAACACCUACAACUGUAUCAUCGAAACCAAAGGAAUCGGGGGCCGCUGUGGUGGCGCCUGGCCGCGGCUCUGCUCAGCCUUCUGUUUGACAGGGGGCUCCUCGCCGGAGGAGGUGGAGCAGGACGGAGGUGAGGGGAUGUCUUCCUCUGGCCUCCCUUAACUCCAUCUCUACGAGGAACUGGACUCCUAAUGGCACUGUCGAAUCUAACACGGGUCUGUUUUUUGGGGGGCGAAAGAAAGGAGACAAAAGGUCACCGCGGGACGGAGACAACCAACUUUUAUAAAAGGAAAGGUUGUGUAAUUUUUUUCUUUCCAAGAAGAUGCCAUGAUUCUCCGAGAUUCCUCUACAGGACAAUGUUCAUAUUUUCAUAUAUACGUGUGGCGUAUUGGUUUUGUACAGUACUUUGUUCUUGUUCAAUUUUUUGCACUUCAACAUGUAUCCAUCUUAAAUGACCUCCACAGACCCUGGGAAUGCCUUAUUCAAUGUCUUCUGCCAGAAAGAGUAUUGAGCAAUUACGACAGGCGAGAUGCGAUGGUUAGGAAAUGUGGUGUGAGGUUUAUUUUGUUUCUUUCUUUUUUCGAAGAUUCCCAGGUGAUCAGUCAAGUUGAUUUACUAAUUUUCCAAAGAGGCAACUUCUCAGAACAAAGCAUUUUGCACCCCACCUCAAUGGAACAUUUUCUCUUUUAAUUUUCGUUACUUUUUUCUUUGUUUUCUUUGUCCCCCAUCCACUUCCGUGUGGCGCUAAGUUUGAAUAUCAUCCCCCAGUAACCUUCAAAACAUUAUGAACAAAGGAAAGUUUACGCACGUGACAAGUCAGCACACCAGUAACUGUGAUUUAAAUGAUAUGUUCAGAGGAAGAAUUCAUUAGUCAUCUGCUACACGUCAAACCAUUAGGUCAUUAGGUUGUAAAUGGCUCACAAAGUUUCGGGGCGGAGUGUCGAACAACAUCACCCACUGGUCUAACAAGCCUGGUGACUGCCAGCAAACCUGUCCACAACAACACACUCAAAGGAAAGGCGCUGUUAUCACAAUUAGGAAACAGUGGUGGAAAGUAACUGAGUUCAGUUAUGAGGUAAAUGUACUUGACUUAGGAUUUCAAUAUAAUACUACUUUAAUCUUUCUCUACUUUUAGUAGUAGUAGUGCUUGUUUCACAGCUUUAGUUCCUGGCUGGUUUUAAUAUGGAGA